CGUCUGGGUAGCCCCAGCGCAGCGCACAGCAGCCUCCCUCCGCCUCCGGCGAGCAGUGGUCGCCAGUGGCCAGGGCGUCUGGAGACUGUCCAGGAGGUCAUCGCCUUCCAGACCGACGACCGGUCACCGCGGCGUCCGCCUGAGUGGCGGGCUGGUCGCCGCCGACGCUGCCACCGCUCACGGCCGCGGGACUCGGUCUCGGAUUAAUUGGGGAGAGCCGGAUCAGCUCCCCCGGCGGCGAUGCUACUCUCGGGGACUGCGGGGACCGCGCUGCUGGCGCUGCUGGCCGCGCUCCUGGCCGCAGGUGGGGCGCUGGAGGAAAAGAAAGUUUGCCAAGGCACGAGUAACAGGCUCACCCAGCUGGGCACUUUUGAAGACCACUUUCUGAGUCUGCAGAGGAUGUUCAAUAACUGUGAGGUGGUCCUUGGGAAUUUGGAAAUCACUUACGUGCAAAGGAAUUAUGACCUUUCCUUCUUAAAGACCAUUCAGGAGGUUGCUGGCUAUGUGCUCAUUGCACUCAACACUGUGGAGAAGAUCCCUUUGGAGAACCUGCAGAUCAUCAGAGGAAAUGCUCUAUAUGAAAACACCUAUGCCUUAGCCGUCCUGUCCAACUACGGGACGAACAAAACUGGGCUGAGGGAGCUGCCCAUGCGGAACUUACAGGAAAUCCUGCUUGGUGCUGUGCGAUUCAGCAACAACCCUAUCCUCUGCAAUGUGGAGACUAUCCAGUGGAGGGACAUCGUCAACAUCGACUUUAUGAGCAACAUGUCAAUGGACUUACAGAACCAUCUGAGCAGCUGCCAAAAAUGUGACCCAGGCUGUCCCAAUGGAAGCUGUUGGGGUGCAGGAGAGGAAAACUGCCAGAAACUGACCAAAAUCAUCUGUGCCCAGCAGUGUUCCCGGCGCUGCCGUGGCAAGUCUCCCAGUGACUGCUGUCACAACCAGUGUGCCGCUGGCUGCACAGGGCCCCGAGAGAGCGACUGCCUGGUUUGCCACAAGUUCCGGGAUGAGGCCACAUGCAAGGAUACCUGCCCACCGCUCAUGCUGUACAACCCCACCACAUACCAGAUGGAUGUCAACCCUGAGGGGAAGUACAGCUUUGGUGCCACCUGUGUGAAGACAUGCCCCCGAAACUACGUGGUGACAGAUCAUGGUUCAUGUGUCCGCGCCUGCGGUCCUGAUAACUUUGAAGUGGAAGAAGACGGUGUUCGCAAGUGUAAAAAAUGUGAUGGGCCCUGUCGCAAAGUUUGCAAUGGCAUAGGCAUUGGUGAAUUUAAAGACACACUCUCCAUAAAUGCUACCAAUAUCAAACACUUCAAAAACUGCACUGCCAUCAGUGGAGAUCUCCACAUCCUGCCGGUGGCAUUUAAGGGGGACUCCUUCACACACACUCCUCCUCUAGACCCAAAGGAACUGAAUAUCCUAAAAACCGUAAAGGAAAUAACAGGGUUUUUGCUGAUUCAGGCUUGGCCUGAAAACUGGACUGACCUUCAUGCUUUUGAGAACCUAGAAAUUAUACGUGGCAGGACAAAGCAACAUGGUCAGUUUUCUCUUGCGGUUGUCGGCCUGAACAUAACAUCAUUGGGAUUGCGUUCCCUUAAGGAAAUAAGUGAUGGUGAUGUGAUAAUUUCAACAAACCAAAAUUUGUGUUAUGCAAAUACAAUAAACUGGAAAAAACUAUUUGGGACUUCCAGUCAGAAAACCAAAAUUCAAUACAACAGAGCUGAAAAUGACUGCAAGGCUACAGGCCACGUCUGUAAUCCUUUAUGUUCCCUGGAAGGCUGCUGGGGCCCUGAGCCCAGGGACUGUGUCUCCUGCCAGAACGUCAGCCGGGGCAGGGAAUGCGUGGAGAAGUGCAACAUCCUGGAUGGGUGAGAUACUGUUCUUUGUUUUGAGAAGUCAAAGUGC